AUGCCUGCCGCCCAACAACAGAUCAUCGUGAACGCGGGUGGCCGGGCCACCAUUCUGGCCCCCGCCGACAAUCGCCCCCGGGCUCUGCGAAAAAAAGAUGAGAAGAAGAUUCAGAAGAAGCGGCAGGCCCGCAAAGGGCUGGAGAGCAAGGCCAUCUCUGGUGAGGCGCUGCUGCGCGAGGCCGAGCGCCUCGAAAGGGCGGCCGCGGCGGAGGAGGCGGAGGUGAAACGAAAGCGGGAGAAGGCCGCGGAGCUGCGGCAGAAGGCCGAGGCCCUGAGCAAGGGCGAGGAUGUGGGGGCGGCUCUCGCGCUGAGGGUGAAGGAGACCAGGGACGAGAAAGGAUUCCACCUGGUGGAGGUUGAGUCGGCGCGGCUGGAUCAAGAAGGGUAA